ACCAUCACUUAGCGUUUAACCCCCUUUUAAAUAGUUUCGGCUACGGUCGCAGGCAGCCAUUAAUCUGUAGUGCACCAUCGCGCAACAGGCGCGCGCUUCGCCGAUACUCUACUAUACUCUGCGCGUUUUGCCGACAACCGCGCGUACCUGCAGCCGAUUCGCCAGCGCGUGUUUUGCCACGCAUGGACAUAGCCAUCGACGCCUUGUGCGGCUUCGCUUACACGAAGCGCGAGCGUCGCAGCUAUACUGAUAUGGCUCUUCUCUCCUCGUCGCUGUACGGUUUCGCGGCAUCUCAUAUCCCCAACGAACUCACUGCGGGCGCAUUUCUGCGCGAGAACACCGUCUUUGCGUUUAACAUGGCCGAUCCCAUACGCUACCAACUCGCGCCGUUUGGCAAGCCCGUCGGUGUGGCGAUGGCGAGCGGAUCACGAGCCGACGCAGCCGUGAAGACGAACACCAGCUCGUCGCCGUCGACAAGCUUCACGAUCGAGAGCAUCCUGGCUCGCGACAGUCGGGUCAGCUCAGCCGACGAGUCACCGACGCACAGCGGCAAGUCUCAAUCGAUAUCGGAUGAUCCUCGACAGAGAUUCUCGUGGCUGCAGUGUACAAGAUACAGACCGCCGAAGCUACCGCGAAUGAAGCGCAAAGAAGGGCCGCAGAAACGGAAGCUUGGUCGAAAUCCACGCAUCCCGUUCUCUCCCGGACAGGUUGCCACGCUAGAAGAGAAGUUCCGAGCAGCUCACUACCUGAGCAGUAUGGACGUAGCUGAGCUGUCCUCAGCACUGAGUCUAUCCGAAACACGGGUAAAAAUCUGGUUUCAAAACCGGCGUGCACGGGAGCGCAGGGGCGUCGCCGGUGACAGCGCAAAGUCCUCACAGACGUCGCAAAUGGCCGCUCGCGCCGUCAACGCACCGCAGGAAGAGGCGGGCAGGAACGACGGCGCUUCCACUCAACAUCCCAAAUACGGCAUGGCAAUGGAGCAGAAGACUAGGACGGAGACACCGGUGGCGGCAGGACGGCGGGCAUCGCUGGAUCCGGUGCUCACGCACACGUUCGAGACCGGAAGUUUCCCGAUGCUAGCGCCACCGGACGCAACAACAAUGGCGCAUUUCUCAUUGGCUGUGCGGCAUGGCAGCACCUCAGCGUUCACACCAGUGCGAUUCCCUCCGUACUCGUGUGGUUCUAACACCUAAUACAGGGAAUACGUGCAGCGAGUGCGUUUUGUAAAAGUUUGAAAACAUUCCCGGCGUUCUGUCGCAAAUUUCAUCGCAAUUCGUUAGUUGAACUUGAGUAUUUAUCAAGACGUAAGUGUCACAGGAAAACGCCAAGGCGCUUAGGCGGCACCUCACGAAUAGUCACAUGGCCUAGGAAUUAUUCGGCGUUCCCCGUAUCAAUGAGAGCAAGUAUUACGAUUUAGAAUAAAUAAAUACGGAACGCGUUUGGCACACAGCACAUACACAGAGCGCCGUGCAUGCGCGCGCUG